UGUGGAUUAUAGUAUUUGUUUUAACCCCCCCGCAAAUGUGACAUGGUACGAUCCACGAUCUGUCAAUGGACGCCAAGCUUUCGCUUUCACGCGCUAGUUAUGAUUACAUGUUAAACUCUCACUAUAUAUACGGUGUUUAAACGGUAUGUUCAAGAUUUCUAGUAAAUUAAUUAUCUAUUUAUUCAGCGGAGCUGCGCACAAACCGUUCAGGAGCAUAGAUAUACUGUAUAUACGUAGAUGCCGCAUUGGACUGCUCCACACAAGUCGCGUCCGCUAUUUUAUAUCGGUCAAUACGUCGUCACUCAAAAUAAAAAAUCAAUGAGUUUCAGCCUCUGGAUGUAAAAACCGAUGAAAUGUAAAUUCCUGAAGAAACUAGAUAAACUUUCACAGUGUUACAGACACACAGGCCACUUGCUGUCAAGUGUUCACGGACCGGCUUUGGCCAUUCCAAUAUGGCGGAAGGCCGCUAAAGGUGAUGACACACGGGACAACUUUUUGAGCAAUGUUACUGCCAGGAGAGCAGCGAUGGAGGAUCGCGCACCGCCGGUGUUCGCGUUCGGGAUCAUCGCGGACAUACAGUACGCAGAUAUAGAGGACGGCUUGAAUUAUCUGAGAACGCGUAAACGCUUCUACAGGAGCAGCCUCCAGCUGCUGCGCAACGCGACGCGCCGCUGGGAAGAGCAGCGCGUCAGGUGCGUCCUUCAGCUGGGUGACAUUAUUGAUGGCUUUAAUAAGAGCCGCAGCGCUUCUGAACAGGCUCUAGACACCGUUAUCGGGGAGUUUGACAAGAGCUCGGCGGAUGUGCAUCACGUGUGGGGCAAUCACGAGUUUUACAACUUCUCCAGGGAAACUCUACUCGCUUCCCCGCUCAACAGCGCGGCGAAAGCCGGGAGUGGAAGUGACCUACUAGCGGAUGGCAUUUACGCGUACGAGUUCAGCCCCGCCCCCGGGUUUCGGUUCGUGCUGCUGGACGCGUAUGACAUCAGCGUGAUCGGGAGAGACGAGAGCAGCGAGAAACACAAACGAUCAUUGAAACUCCUGCAGGAACACAACAGCAACCCUGAUCUCAACCAGCCGCCAGUAUUCAAUGGCUUGGAACAAAGGUUUGUGAAAUUUAAUGGCGGAUUCAGCCAAGAGCAGCUGCUGUGGCUCGAUGAAGUCUUAACUCUUGCUGACCAGAAACAGGAGAGAGUAACUGUCUGUAGUCAUCUUCCCGUUCACCCAUGCGUCACAGACCCCAUCUGUCUGGCGUGGAACUACGACGCCAUGCAGUCCGUGCUGCGCUCUCAUAAGAGCGUGGUUUGCUUCAUGGCGGGACACGAUCAUGAUGGAGGAUAUUACAUGGACGAGUCUGGCGUUCACCACAUCACGCUGGAGGGGGUGAUUGAAACGUGUCCAGACAGUAAUGCCUUCGGGACAGUUUAUGUCUAUGAGGACCAGAUGGUUCUAAAGGGCAACGGAAGGAUAUCAGACAUGGUUCUCAAGUAUCCAUGAGUGGAAAGCAUUUAUGAACUGACAGGAGAGGAGAUUAUUGUCAAUGGAUAAUGGAGUGGAAAAUAAUAAACAAACACCCCUCUGUAUGAUCCUCUCAAUUUCUGCUUACAUUUUGUGUUAAAUCUGAUUUUUAUAAACCCUAAGAUAUGUUCAUGUAGCCUAUAAGUAACACUGUUACCAACAAAAUGAACAAAUCAAAUGAACAACAACAAACCCUUAAUAAGGUUAAGUCAUCGCUGACAUGGGAUUUGGCUACCUAUGCAGUAGAAACGCAAAACAGGGCCAUAGCGAUGUUAAAAAUAAAUUUUAAAAAGUUAGGAAAACUACAGCACCCAUAAUGCAUUGGGCUCGAUCAGAUGAUCCGGGAACGGGAUACAAAAAUGCGGAAGUAGUUCGAUCUGUAGUUUUUAUACAAAAGUCCUGGAGCUGUCAAAAGUGACGCGUUUUAUGUCAUACGACAGACGUUUGCAGGUGACACGUAAAAAUAAUACACAUUGUUCGUUUACUUAUGCCGAUAUUGUAAGGAUAUAUAGUUGGUUGAGAAUCUGUGAACUUGCCCUUUAAUAUUAGAAACAAGCUAUAAUAAACAUGGAAUAUACAAUGAAUACAUUUACAUUGUAUAUUGGCUAGCCUAUAUGAAGAGGAAAUUAAAUAUAUGCUAUAUAUAAUGAUAUUAAGAUUUCAUCAACAAGAAUAUAUAAAACUAAAUGUAUACUACUGUACGUUACUACUGUAUACACAAUGAAAUUAUGCACUCACACAGUAUAAUGCAAUAAAAUGUAUUUUUAUAUAUGUUUAAGCUACUUCUUUUAUAAAUAUAAUUUUAUAUUCAUAUAGCAACAGAAAAAACAACAACAAAAGAAACAGGAAUAAUAGCAAUGUUCAGUAAUAAAAGUUUGAUUUAAUUAUUUAAAACUACAUGUAGAUGUGAUUUAAGUAUAUAAAUACUGAAUGUAUAUAAUAAAACAAAUAUUUUAAAAUGUCAUUUUAUAUUCAUGUAACAGAAAACAAACAGAUGUUAUACUGUAUACAGACAUUUAAAAGUCUACAUUUUCAUGUAAUAUUUAAUUAUUUUACCUAAAUGUACAUUUCAUUUUGCGCUUUUUGGCUGACCCUCGAUUCAUGAAUCCCCCUUCAGCGGGGAGUCCGCGCGCACCUGGCAACCGCAGAGCCACCGCUGGCGCUCAGCAGCAGCGAGACCGUUCCACCUGCACGAUCCGUUCUGCGCAUGCGCGUAAUUACGUAGUAGACAACGUCACGGUUUCCCUACACGAUUGGUAUCACGCGAUGAAACGCUUGACGGCCAGGCGGCAGAUCUUUGUAGGCUACAUUGUGUUUUUCAUUUAACAGUUCACGGCGGGUCUAUUUG